GACUCUUGAAAACCGUCCCAUCUAGAAGUUGAGAGAGAGAAGCACACACACAAGUCCCGCCACAGAAGUGCCGCCACAGAGCUGGCAGGAGGCUGAGCGUAACCUGGUGUGUCACUGUGAAUCCAGCUGUGAGUUUCACUGAGGGUGCCUCGGAGCAGCGAGGGAGAUGCCCCGUGUCUCCCCCAUGGCCGCUGCUUGGCUCAGGCUGUGUGCCCUGUUGUGGACUUUCACACUGCCGUCCACCCACGCCAGAACCCCAGAAAUCAACACCACAAUCACUUGUCUUCUCUCCACGGACUGCAUACUGCCGUGCCGCUUCCGGCCUGCGGGGGAGCCACUCAUCACCUGGUACAAGCAAGGAGUCACGAUCUAUAACUCGACCGGCUCUAGCAAUCGAACAAGCCUCUUCAAGGAGCAGCUUGCCACUGGCAACGCGUCACUGCUGCUGAGAAGCUGCACGCUUAGGGACCGUGGCAGGUAUACGUGUCGCAUCAACAACACACUGGGGGAGCAGCAGUCCACGGUCAUCCUCAGAGUUGAAGCUCCUGUCCGCUUCGUGACUGUGGAGAUGGCGCCCUCUCCAGUCCGACAGCUGAAGUGCACAUCUCGGGACAUUUACCCAGCCCCACGCUUACAGUGGUCUAUGGAGCCCGCCCUGCCCUUACAGGCCCUCAGACCAUCCACACGCAUGGUGGCAGAGCGGAGCGGCCUAUACAGUGUUCAGAGCACACUGGGAAUCCUGGAAAACCUGUCUGGCCGCACUUACAUCUGCACUGUCAUUGGUUCCUAUGGCACGCAAAUCUCGAGGGCCUCGCUGAGCGAGAGAGAUGUGACAGGUAUAGAAGGCCAAGCUCUGAGCAUCCCGUGCCUCGCCCCGAUGGAUCUCCAGAACUUCACCCUCUCCUGGGCCUUCAUGAUGUCGGGGCAGCCCACUGUCUUCCUCAACUUUAGCAGCCGGACUGGAGAGGUGGCCAACAACUGGGCUGACCGGGUUCGACUGGAUCCGGCCCAGGCUCAGUCAGGAGAUGGAUCCCUGAAGCUGCAGAACUCACAAGAGAUGAAAGGAACAUAUACCUGCAUCUUCUCCACUGACCACAGCAAACACCAGGUCUACAUACACCUGAGAACCAGUGGUGCUGAAGCAGGUCAAAGCCACGCAAGGCUGUGGAUCAUUGUUGUUGUGGUCAUAGCUCUUCUCCUGCUGGGGGCGAUGAUACUGCUCUACACUAAAAAGAAAGGUGUAUUUCAUUCUUGGAGCCGCAUGUCAGACCUAGCCGAGGCCAGGAUGGAGAUGAAUACUGUAGAGACAGACGCCAACUCAUGACAAGCCACAAAAUCUCUGGACCAGGGUUCUGGCUAUUCGUAGGACAGCAAGAUGGAGAACCUAGGGGCAGAUACCUAGAAUGAGCCCUGCAACAUCUUCAGUCAUCGGCCACAUCUCCACCUCCCCCGGGAGGUGGCACAACCCAGCCAGAAAGCCACUCUGCACCAUCAGCUACCUUCAAUCAAUACUGUACCUUGAGGUUUCUUGAUGAACCUCAUUCCCUAGAACAGACACAUCUACGCACAACUUCCCACUGCAGAGGGACGGUGCUGUAACAAGAACGCUGCCCUGAGACAGGAGGUUGUAUGAAGCUCAGUGUAAGUGCUCAGUCUCCUUAAAACUGCGUCUUAAACAUCUAAAAAAAAUCAGGAUGAAUUUGUAACUUUUAGGGUACAAAAGCUUGUCAUUGGGGCAGUACCCUACAUCGGUACAAUAUUGCACCUUAUCAAGUUCAUUUUUGUAUCCAUCAUUUGUACCAUCAAAAUUACAUUAAUGAACCUAAACUGGCAAGAAUGUGUUCUCAGUCAAUAUUAUAUCAUCAUACCCCUAAAAAGGUUACAAAAUAUGCCACAUUACCAUCUCAGGGACAAGUCAUUUUGUAUACUAAAGUAUCAAAACAGUAUCACAAAUAAAAGCAGAUUCCCUUUUAAUUAUUUAAAUCCAAUGCAAAUGUCAAAUUCAACAAAAAUGCCAUUACAAAUGCAUUGACAUUAUGGUAUAAAAGUAAAAAUGUCAGACCUGUUUGAUAAACUGUACAGUGCAACUUUUUUUAAAUUCAGAAAAUACAGUGGUUAUCAAUGAUAACAUUUUGUAUGGACUGAAAUGAGUCUAAAUAAACAAAUGAAUAAAUAAAUCAUGUAAAACCUUUCAUAGUGGAAAUGCAUGCAGUGCUGUUCAAAUGGCAUAGCCUCCCUUUAAGUUUUACAUUAAAAAACACCAAGCUUUUGACCAUU